AUGUCUCUCCCGAGCCAAAAACUCGGCUUGUCGGAAAAAAAUUGCUUUCAACAGAUCCACACAAUGUUGAAAUUACCGCCUCAUGGCUACACAACGCGUCCUGGACGUCGUAGCACAGAGAACAUUCCUAGUUAA